GAAGCUGACCACACGUUUGGGGGCGAAAAGCAUGGCGGACGACGUUGUGGAAAGCGUGAAGCCAAACACGGAUGAAACAGUCCAGACUUCGAGUAGCGGCGAUGUUGACGGCGACGACAUCAAGGCGGUCGUGAAGACCUUCAAGGACUUGGGUGUCACCGAGGUCCUCUGUGAGGCCUGUGAACAGCUGGGAUGGAAGACUCCCACAAAGAUCCAGUUGGAAGCCAUACCUUUAGCCCUGGAAGGGAAAGACAUCAUUGGCCUGGCAGAGACCGGUUCUGGAAAGACGGGAGCCUUCGCUCUGCCCAUCCUGCAGUCACUGCUGCGCUCGCCCCAGAGGCUCCACACCCUCGUCCUCACCCCCACCAGGGAGCUGGCGUUUCAGAUCGCCGAGCAGUUUGAGGCCCUGGGCUCCAGCAUCGGCAUCAAGUGUGCGGUCAUCGUUGGAGGAAUCGACAUGAUGUCCCAGUCGUUGGUGCUGGCUAAAAAACCUCACAUUGUUAUUGCCACACCUGGGAGGUUGAUCGACCACAUGGAGAACACAAAGGGAUUCUCCCUACGAGCGCUGAAGUUCCUCGUCAUGGACGAAGCGGACAGAAUCCUCAACAUGGACUUUGAGACUGAGGUGGAUAAAAUCUUGAAGGUGAUUCCCAGAGAGCGGCGCACCUAUCUGUUCUCCGCCACCAUGACCAAAAAGGUCCAAAAGCUACAGAGAGCAGCUCUGAAAGAUCCCGUGAAGUGUAUGGUGUCCACCAAAUACUCUACCGUAGAGAAACUACAGCAGUAUUACAUCUUCAUACCCACGAAGUACAAGGACUGUUACCUGGUGUCCAUCAUAAACGAGCUAGCCGGGAACUCGUUUAUGAUUUUCUGCAGCACGUGCAACAAUGCCCAGCGGGUGGCGCUGUUGUUAAGGAACCUCGGCAUCACCGCCAUCCCUCUUCACGGCCAGAUGAGUCAGAACAAACGCCUCGGAUCGCUAAACAAGUUCAAGUCCAAGUCUCGUUCGGUGCUGCUGGCGACGGACGUGGCGUCCAGAGGACUGGACAUCCCCCACGUCGACUGCGUCAUCAACUACGACAUCCCCACCCACUCGAAGGAUUACAUCCACAGAGUCGGACGAACCGCCAGAGCAGGGCGGUCGGGGAAAUCCAUCACUUUUGUCACUCAAUAUGACGUGGAGCUUUUCCAGCGGAUCGAAAGCCUGAUUGGGAAGAAGCUUCCGGCCUUCCCCACCCAGGAGGAUGAAGUGAUGAUGUUGGUGGAGAGGGUGAGCGAGGCCCAGAGAUUUGCCAGAAUGGAAAUGAAGGAGGAAGGAGAGAAAAAGAAAAGGCCCAGAGGAGGAGGAGAUGGAGACCAGGAUGACACGGAACAAGCAAGCGGUGUGAGGAAGAAAGUGAGAGGAGGAGGAGGAGGAGGAGGAGGAGGAGGAGGGGAGGAGGUGGUGGUGGAGGAAGAGGAGGUGGAGGUGGUGGUGGGAUGAAAAAGAGGGGUGCAGCCGCCUGGAGGGGAGGACAUUGAAGCCUCCUACCAAAACAGAUUGUACAUAAACAAUGACCGUCUUGUUUUUGAUGUAAAACUUGAUCAUGAUGUCAUUAUAUUUCACAGCAUUUGGUAUCGAAGUUAUUUAAAUACAGAAAACAUGCUUUCCAUUUGUAAUAAAACACCACUGUAAAACUCGA